ACAUUGUUAUCAAGUAAUGUACACAUUGAGAAAUCAAGGGAAUACACAUUUUUUCAACCAUGGCUAGGAUUGGGAUUGUUGACCAGCACUGGUAAUCGGUGGCAAUCGCACCGCAAACUCCUGACGCCAUCCUUUCAUUUCCGGAUAUUAGAAAACUUUGUGCCCGUAAUUAACGGACAGCAAAAUGUUAUGAUUGAUAUCAUUGAUAGCAAACUCAGUCAAAACAAUGGUCUCAUCGAUGAUAUCAGACCAAUAAUAACCAAUUGUGCCCUUGAUACUAUUUGUGAGACUGCAAUGGGAAUCGAUAUUAAGGCACAAACAGCUCUGGAUUCACAAUAUGUUAAUUCAUUGCGAGACAUAUUAACACUAUUUCUUAUGCGAUUCAUCUCUCCGUGGCUUUGGCUCGAGUUUAUAUACCGAUUGAGUCCUUCGGGCAAACAGUUUAAGAAAAACGUCAAUGUUUUGCAUGAAUUCACGGAAUCUGUAAUCAAAGAGAGAAAGACUGAGUUUAUGAGGAAAAUGAAUGAAAAGGGAAACAACUCUUUGGAUGAAGUGAUGGAAGAAUUGGGAUCAAAACGAAAGUUGGCUUUUCUCGACUCAUUACUCGUCCAUCACAUCAGAAAUCCCCGCGAAUUUACGGAAAAUGAUAUCCGGGAAGAAGUGGACACUUUCAUGUUUGAAGGACACGACACCACCGCAGCCGCCCUUACGUUUGCACUAAUGCUUAUUGGACUCGACGAUAGAGUACAGGCAAAAAUACACGAAGAAAUGGACGCCAUAUUUCAUGAUGACAUGUGUCGGGACAUAACAACCGAUGAUUUGCGACAAAUGCGGUAUUUAGAGCAGUGUAUUAAAGAGGCGCUCAGACUAUACCCGUCCGUCUCAUACAUCGCUCGAGAAGCCAAUGAAGACUUAACUAUUGGAGAGCAUGUGGUGCCAAAAGGGACGACAUGUAUGGUAUUGUUUUAUAUGCUUCACAGGGAUCCCAAAGUGUUUCCAAACCCCGAAGUGUAUGACCCAAACCGGUUCGUGAGUGACGGCCCGGAUGUGCAGAGCCGACACCCGUACGCAUACGUGCCGUUCAGCGCCGGUCCUCGCAAUUGCAUCGGACAGAAGUUCGCUCUCCUCGAAGAGAAGGCACUGUUGGCCGCAAUACUCCGUCGCUAUCGCAUCCGAUGCCUAAUAGCCCGACACGACCUGAAGCUAGACUACGCUCUGAUACUUAAGCCCAGCUCUAAGAUACCGAUGAAAUUCACAAAACGCUUUUAACGUUAGAUUACAUAAUAUCCUGUUUUUAUUCGUAUAUUAUUUACA